GGGCAUGUGAUAUUGGCAAAGUCAGUCGCGAUCAGGAAAUAAACACACAAAAAUACUAAUAAUUUAUGCACAGUGAUAAAAGAGUAGACACCUAGUCGUGUGUAUGAAGAUGAACAGCGUCGGUGAGGGCUGUACGGAUCUCAAACGCGAGUAUGAUCUGUGUUUUAAUCGUUGGUUUGCUGAGAAGUUCCUGAAGGGAGACCGCAGUGGAGACCCGUGUACUGAACUCUUCAAGAAAUAUCAAACAUGUGUUCAGAAAGCCAUCAAAGAGAAGGACAUUCCUAUAGAAGGUUUGGAGUUCAUGGGCCCCAGUAAAGAGAAAGCAGACAGCUGAUAACCACCUGAACAUCACCUGAUAUCAUUUAUCUUUGUGAUGAAUUUCUCUGGCAUUU